AUGAAGAGAAUUAAUUCAUGGCUAAUCGCGAGUACCGCGCAAUUCUUAAAGAAACCCAAACUUUUCAUUUUGCUACCUAUAUUAUUCACAUUGUUUGUCGCUUACGAUGCUUUGUAUGACCUCACACUACGACCCAUAAAUAGUCAUUUACUGUUCCAUUAUAACAACUUCACUCUCAGUGAUGGAACGAAUCUUCUAGAUUCGAGUGUCAGUUUCGGCGCCCCGUGCGAAAUCCCGCCUCACCACAAGGUGAUGAAAGUCACAUUAUCCGGAAGCAAUGCCCUCAGGUUCGAUUUUUUGCAGCAAGUGUACGAAUACGAGAAGCUGCUUCCAAAGGAGGUGGUGUACAUUUCCCCAUUGUCGAUGCUUCCGUUGCCGUUUUCUCAGCAAAAUCUUCUGGAGGCCGACUACGAGAAAGUGGAUAAGUAUAUCUUGCGCAUUUUGAAUCAUGAUUACAGCCAUUCGCUCGUCAAAUUUUUCUACAACGAUAUUACGAAGCUAAACCAUCUCAUUAAGCUGGCAGAAAAGCUUUACAUUUACGUUAUUUAUGACCCCGUGGAGUUCGGAGUCAAAUCAAUUAUUCCUCAUGAUGACAAGAUAACAGACAUCAAAUACUUGACUGAUUCAAAUAUCGGCUCCGAGUUUUCCAAAUACUUCAAUUUCAUAAUUGGGCAGAGGCCAUACUUACAGUUCACCUUGCGCUUGAUAAAGGCCAUUCAACUCGUGGCAAUCUUUGCAUUUGUGUGCUAUGUUUUCCUUUGCAUUUCAAAUUCGCAUAGGAUCAGAUCUAACAUGGGCCUCGUUAUCGGAUGGGGAAUUAGUGUUCUUAUCUCAUCACUUGCCUCUGUUGAUGUCAUGAACUUCUUCAAGUCAAAGCUUUAUUGGCCCGAUGUAGUCGGUGCCACCAACUGGAUAUCCUCCGGCUACUUCCUCCUAUUGGUCAUGCUAUUUAGUUCUCGAAAUCUCAUCCGCACCAUCAAUGACUUGGCUGGAGACAGUACCUUUGGCGCACCUGAAAACAUACACAAAAGGCUCAUCAAGUUUUUUCUUGGAAUCAACAACAGUGUCAACAACUCUCAAGGCGUUUAUUACGCUGGAAGAUUAUUAAGAAAGUAUCUUUUCUUGGACCAAUUUGCUGCCCUGGUCAUCCCAAUACCCAAUACAACCGUGAUUCUCUUGAUAAAUCUCACCGGUACUACAUUUUGUUUCGCGGCACUUGUGGCUCUUUCAAGGGUGGUUUUAAAGGAAGGUGUUGGAGAACUUUACUACCAUGGUGCUUUAGACUCAUAUCUCACUUUCGUCACUGCUCUUUUGAUCGACCAUUUCUUGCAAUUGUCCUUCAUUGUUGGGAUCAUAAUAAUUGAUUUGAACAGAUUGGACUUGACUGAUCUCAUAAAUCAAUCGAAUCUUUCUUUGGAGAAGGAACUGUCGUUUCAUGAAGUAAACAAUAUUUCUGCCUUCUUCUUCGGCAGGGGAUCUUGCAAAGCGGCCAAGGGCUCCUUGAGACAUCGUCUCGGAACUUUUUUCUUGAAGGUGAGGGCUGCAUCACUGUCGACAUUCUGGCUGAUUGUUUUGCCUGGCGCAUUCGUUUGGAUUUUCCUUUCUAUAGCCGUCAUUGCAAAGCUAAUAAUACCGUCUGAUUUGUCAGCUGACCUGCUUGAGCAAUUGAACUUCACAUCGACACAACUUAUUGGUCAAACGAAUAAUUUUCUCUACUACUCGGAGCUUCUAGCUGUGGUUGUGUUCAUCAUCGCCUGUUCAGAGUUGACAUUUGUUUUAACCUACUCCAAACGUCAACGUCGCCAACAAGACUACUCCACAACAGUAAUUCCCUCAUCAGCUGAUAUGACUGUGAACGAGCUUUUGAUGAAUGGGAAGAAAAAAAUGUUUGAGAGUAUUACUCUUCGUGAUCAUUCAGAGUCUGAUAUUUUGAAGUUAAAUACAAACACAAAAUGCCCAUUGCUUGUUUCGACGGAUUUAGAGCAUAAUGUGUUUGUUUGGCUACCAAGUAAAACGGCAUCUGCUCAGAUUCCACUCAAGAUCUCGACCUUCUUUGGUUCACAUGAUAAAGACGCCAAAGAAGAAGAAUUCUGGCCUAUAAACCACAUCGAAGUGAGUGACAAUGGUUUUUUCAUUGUUCUUAUUAACUACAACCGAUGCAGAUUAAAAUGUUACGACCGUCGUGCUGGAAAAUUUGUUUGGGAGGUAUCUCUAACUAGCGAACUUGAAUUGCACAAGAAGAGAAUGAGCGCUGUGGCUACUUUCUACAGAAAGAAAACUGUAGCUGGAUUUCUUGCUCGUAAGUUGUUGCUGAAGCAGCACAAGUCGACCAUGAGAAGAGGAAGCAAUGCAUCAAUGUUCUCCUCGCAAAUAUCCGGAAACUAUCCUCCACCACAUCUUGAUAGCAGCAGUGAUGAUCAGUCUAGCAUCUCUAGUGUGAAGCUUAGUGAUAAAGAGAAAGAUUUACACCGUGAUGAAUUCUGCAUGAUUUUAGAAUCGGGUGAAUUGAUUACGAUUUCAUGUGACACCGUCAAGAUCAAGGUUUACAAUAUUUUGAGUCUGUUGUACGAACAAGAUUCUAGCAUUAAAAUCAUCUCGCUGAAGCUUUUGAAAACGGCAAGAGUCAAUGAUAGGGUUGUCUGCAAUCUCUCAAAUGAUGAAAUAGUUGUCGGGACUGCUGUCAAUAAUGUUUGGAGGUUCAAUAAGCUCGAUAUGAAUGUCAACUUCAAUGCACAACCCCAAGCAGCUUACGCUCCUCCAAUGAUGAAAAGAUCCGGAACAGCCAAUCGUGACAAAGCUUCCUUUAUGUCCGAGAAAUUAGAAAGACAAAAGCAACAAGUUGGUCCAAGGCGCUUUAGCAGCAUCUCUUCCGCAAGUCUGAACAAAUUUCCGCCAAUUAAUAAGUCGCAUAUCGUUGUGAUUGAUUUCGUGGGCAUGUUCGUUCGCGUGCAGAAUUUACACGCUGAGCUCAUUGAUGUUAUGACCGGAACAAUUCUCAAGGUGUUUCAUAUUGGCAGCUUCAAGCCCGGUUCGUUUAGGGUGUCGCACUCGGAACCUUCGCAUUGUAAAUUUUGUGGAUGUGCUUCUUUUGAGUCUCUCUCGCUUAUCUACGAGGAUUUCUAUGACAAAACUUUGAUUGUUCACUCCUACACCAUUGAAAAUAAGAAAUCCAGAAGUAACAUUUGUUUGAGAGUGGAGAGAGAUCCACGUGAAGUCAGAUGUGUGGGAUUUGACUCCGUCAUUGAACAAAUAUUCUGGUAUGAAGAUGUGGAGAAAUGGGAGUUAACUGACAUGAACGUUAUUAUGGGUAUUAAGAAAGUCACGGAGCCUGUUUGCGAGAACGUUGACAAAAAAUCAACCCUUGAAUUCAAUAAGGAUAACAGUCCGCAGGGACUUUCUUCCUUGCGUUCUAGAAAGAAAAAUAAGGCUAUUCAUGCAAAGGACAAGACAAGCAAAUCUACCGCAAUUAAAGAUUUAUGGCAGGGAUUCGUCAUCACAGUUCUGAAUGGAAAGUUAUUGAACUACAGUAUUCCAAACAACACUGAGGAUGAAGAUUACGAUUACAGCUGUACGAGGCCAAACUAUAUCAUGAAGUAUGGUUAUAAAGCAAUUGCCAUUGCUUUUGGAAGUGCCAUCAAAAUUUUAUACCUUGGAGGUGACCAUCUCAUUGAAAACGACCUAUACUACUCUGGUACUACGAGUUCGCUUAAUCAAAUUUUGAAACCAAGCAUCGAGGGCCCAGCCAAGAGUAACAGUCUUUUGUUCAUCAGUAAACGAAGAAACAUGAUGGAGCAGAAACGCACAGUGAAAUCAAGCUUGGGAGAGACUACCAACCAGACCACAGAAGAGCAUAGACAGAAUAACUAG